AGCGCGACAAUCGUACGAAAUUUGAGGAAAACAAUGGGUGUACGGCAUUUGUUAACAUUUAUGGAGCGGAAAGUGAAUGGAGGCACUUAUCCUGUGAAAAUGGAUCAAGAAAUACAGGCUGCUAAAACCGGAACGAAAAAGCCGUUGAUUGUGAUCGACCUUAUGGCUUUGUUCGGAUUAUUUUGUGACGAUAAACAUAGCUUGCUUUGCGGUAGCCAAAUAAGGCUAGUGGAACGCCAGGCGGACGACUUUUUCAAACGUUUAGCAGAAACCGGUGCCGAGUUGGUAUUUUUCUACGAUGGUACAUUGCAAGCAUUCAAGUACGAAACAUGGACAGCUCGCCAGAAUGAAAAGUACAAGAACAUGAUUGCCAUAGUGGAUGAUAUUGACCACGGUACGCCGUUGACACAGAUAGUCAAUCGCCACUGGAGGACGAUACCCAACAAUACCGGACUCAAACUUAAGCGAGUUGCCAGGCAGCAUGGUCAAUUAAUUAUCUCGGUCGCCGUAGAAUGCGAUCAAGCUCUGGCUGCCUAUGCGGUGAAACAUAAAGCUCUGGCAAUCAUUUCACAUGACACUGAUUUCUUCAUCUUCGAGGGUAACUGGCAGCUUUGGUCAGCAAAUCACAUCAAUAUCGAGACGUUGGAAGCGAUUGGCUAUAACCGGAAGGCACUCCUCAAGACGCUUGGACUGAACUGGCAGCAGAUGGCAGUUUUUGCAACAUUGGGAGGAAAUGAUUUUUUCAAGUACGAUGAGGUGGAACCGUUUCUCAAUAACUUCGGACAGCAUAACCUGAAGUUUCCCAGACUUGCGGAGUAUAUUAGAAAUUUGGCGCUUGAUAAAAAGUCAAUCAAAAAAACAAUCGACCGGGUGUUGUCCUGCGUAUACCAUGGUAGACCAGUACCGCGAGAAGCCAGAGAAUGGUUCCAACAAAGCUUAACCUUUUACAAAACUGACGGUAAGGCUGUUAAUUCGAAGAAUCUUUCAGCGGAUCCGCUGCAAAAGUUCCUCCUAGACGCGAAUCAGCAUUUUGUGCACAACAUACUAACGGGGUAUCCGUUUAAUUGCACCCUGUACUUUUUCGACUAUCGCUCACCUGCCUUAGGAAAUUAUUCUGAUAUAAUCAGUCCAAUAAUUUCUCGAAUAGCCGGCAUUAUUCUGUAUCACCACCGGCAAGCAGGGAUUGCGCAUGUUAAAGUGAUGACCAAACGUAGUCACACGGAAUCACACACAAUGUACACCGUCCCGGCAGAGUUUCCCGAACAUGCAGUACCUCCUCCGAUACAGGAACUUCACGCAUCAGAUGCGAGUACCUGCGAGAGUCUUUUGAUGGCAAAAUUGGCACUUUUGUCAUGGGUUUGCUCGGACAAUUUGCCCUUCGAGCCGUUUGCAGCUUUACCGCCAUCACUAAUGGUUACCGUCCUGACACUCUUUCGGUUGAUUGAGUUCGGCGCGCUGGUCCUAUUCGAGGCUGACCUUCUGUUCUGGAUUGCACACGAUCUUUCGUUGGAUGGGUUUGAUCCGAGCACAGAACGACGACCAUAUCGUCUAGAUCCACGCGCUUUUCGAAUCGGGUUUCUCUUUCAGAAAAUUUACGCACACUUUGCCAGGGUGGCAAAGUCGCUCGGGCUUCCGAGCAUGUACCGACCGUCAACGCCCUACGAUGGGCUACGGUUUCACAAUCAAUACGGCGCUUGGCGUGACGGACAUAUACAACAUCAGAUGGGAACAUCGUUUUUCGACUGGCGUUUGUAUAGUUUGGCCACGCCACGUCACAAUGUAGAUUAACAUAGUUGUAUGUAUAAAAUGCUAUUAUUCUGGCUAUCUUUCUGAACAGUUGUUAAAAAUAAUGUACAUUUUCAUACGAAAAAUGAUAAUUAUAUUAUUGAUCGCAAAAUUCUUUUAUCUUAUAAUUAAAAAACAAAAUGCAGCAAAAUUACUAAA